AAAUACUUAGAAAUUGAAGAUGUUAAUGAGACAGAAAGGAAGGCCCUCCAGGACAAGGUGGAAAGCUUGGAGUCCAUUGUAAAAAUGUUUGAACUUAAAGCCAAAAAUAACCAGGAUCACUUAUCGAGAUUAGAAGAAAAAGAAGCUGAAUCAAAGAAGGAGUAUAAUAAAUUGCAUGAGAGAUAUACAGAGUUGUUUAGAACCCACAUGGACUAUAUGGAAAGAACUAAGAUUUUGAUGGCUAGUCAGGAAAGAGUGUCCACUGAACCUCUGGUCAGUCCAAAGGGAAGGAGCGGUCUUCACUUGCCUCAUCUCAAAACAGUACCAGGAGGAGUAAACAUCUAUUCCAAUGCAGAAACACCAUCUAAAGGUGAACUUACUCCUGAUUACUCUGGCUCGGACUCAUCAUCAAGCCGACCCCAGAGUCACAACACCAGUCUCAGUAACGAAAUGAAGCAGUUGGAACGUGAGCGAGCAGCCUCUGGAGACAAGAAGAAAACCGCUGACAAGACCCAAGUCACGGAUAGUUUGGAGACUGCAGAGCACGCAACUACGCCAGCUGCCAAAGAAAAUGAUUCAAACACCAAAAUGGAACAGACUGGAGAGAAACAAAUAUCCACUGGAACUGUUAACACAAAUCAGACAGGGACUGAAAGCCCUGAUAAAACGGGCAAAGUGCAUGCCUCUCCUGUGUCUAGUUUAUUAACUAGUAGUACCCCCGUAGCUCGUGUUCCCCUUGUGCCAGUUAAACAGGAAUUUUUGAACAGUAUAGAAGAAAGUUAUGAAGUGCCUAGGAAACGUGUUGGUCAGACAAUGGCAGAAAUUAUUCAGUCCACACCGGAACUUGAAGAUUUUGAUGGGAUGUCUCUUUCGAAAUCAAACAAGCCAAGAGGUGGAAAUGAGUCUUCUUUGUAUGAUGAACUAUAUGAAGAUAUUGCAGAGAUGGAUGAUGGGAUUGAUAUCACAGGCAAGCCAGUUCAUCCUGGGGAAUACGCUUCUUCUGAUAGUGAGAAUGAUGAUGAAUCUCACGUCAGUGACACGUUCUUUGGAAUGGGAAAAGAAGUGGAGAACCUGAUAUCAGAAAACAACGAGCUCCUAGCUACCAAGAAUGCAUUGAAUAUAGUGAAAGAUGAUCUCAUUGCUCAAGUGGAUGAACUUACUAGUGAGCAGGAAAUGCUGAGACAGGAGAUACAGAGUCUUCAGACUAUAAAGGUCAGGUUGUCACAGAGGAUAUCAGAGUUGGAAGAAGAACUGAAGAAGACCAAGGAAGAACUGGAGAAGAAGUCUUCUGCAGCUCAAGCAGAUGACGAGGAGGAUGUUCCCAUGUCCCAGCGCAAACGUUUCACCCGAGUGGAGAUGGCACGGGUGCUAAUGGAAAGAAACCAGUACAAGGAGCGCCUGAUGGAACUGCAGGAGGCUGUGCGUUGGACAGAGAUGAUCCGCGCCUCGAGAGAACACCCCGAAGUGAUACAGACACAGAAGAAGAAGUCCUCUGUCUGGGGAUUUUUCGGCAACCUGUUUAGCAGUUCCUCAAACAAACCCAAAAAGGAAAAACUACCCAUGGCCACUGUGCGUUAUAAUGCCCCCACCACCCAUGUACAGCCAGUGGGAGAUCCAAACAAGAAACGCAGAAGUACUUAUAACCUUGGUGAUAAAGAACAAGCCUAUGACUUCAUGGAAGACCAGGAAAGCAAAGAAAAGUCCAGAUUAGAACGUGAAAGAGAGCGUAAGGAGCAGUACAAACAAGUGCGUGCCCAUGUGAAGAAAGAUGACGGGCGUAUGCAGGCAUAUGGGUGGAGCUUACCUGCCAAAUUCCAACCCUCUGUCCCCAAGGAGGGAGGUCGCAGUGCCGCCCCGGUGCCUGUACCGGUCUACUGCAGACCUCUCAUGGACAAUGAGCCAGGAAUGAAGCUCUGGUGUGCUGCAGGGGUGAACAUCACUGGAGGUCGCACAAGAGAUGGCGGCUCGAUAGUCGGGGCAAGUGUCUUCUACUCCAACCCACCCCCAGAGGAGGAAAAGACUAAGACUGUAUUGAAUGAGGUUGAUAAGUUGGACCAGGAACUUCAGGAGCAUGAGAAAGGUGUCAACCCCGUGGAUCAGAACAUGUCCAGCCUGGUGUGGAUAUGUACCAGUACUCACUCCAGUAGUGUGGUCAGUGUCAUAGAUGCUAAUAACCCAGGGGAUAUCCUGGAGACCUUCCCUAGCACCCACUCCCCAUUGCUGUGUAUAUCUAGUGUGCCAGGUGCUAGAGAAAGUGACUACCCAGUGGACGAUGAGCUUCUACAAGUUGACCAGGAGGCUGCCCUGGCACCUCCCUCGGACAACGAGUCCGUGAAAAGUGGAGUGUCCAGCAAUGGUCAAGUUGAGUCCAGUGGCAUUGGUGGCAUCAGUUUUGUCCAGUGUGUCACUGGCUCCACUAUUUCACCUGUGGGCUCCUAUAAUGGAUCAGCUUUCCAGGACUCAGACACAAUCAAACAGGCAGCGGAGAGGUUACGGGAAAGUGAAACUGAUGAGGAAAAGGAUGCCAAUCGUCUUGAUGAUUCUUCUAGCAAAGAUCCACUUGGAGCCUCAGCAUCCCCAGUGAAAGCCACAGUAUUGAAAGCCACAGGAUCCCCAGCAUCAUCUGGGGGAGAAACACCCACAAGUUCCAUUGGCAGUGGGAGUGAGAAGCGCUUCAUCCGAGAGCCAAACGAACUGGUGAAAGAUGGCAUCUCUGUUCCGCAGGCAGACAACAACAUGGUGGCCAGUGAAGUGGAGAAAAUGAGCAGUGUUCUUCCCACCAUGUGGCUGGGCUCUCAGAGUGGGAGUCUAUUUGUACACUCUGCCGUGUCACAGUGGAAACGCUGCCUACACUCUGUCAAGUUGAAAGACUCCAUACUAAGCAUUGUCCAUGUUAAGGGGCGUGUACUGGUAGCUCUGGCUGAUGGCACUGUUGCAAUCUUUCACAGAGAUUCAGAUGGUCAGUGGGACCUGAGGAAUUACCAUUUGCUGGACCUGGGCCGCCCUCAUCACUCUAUCAGAUGUAUGGCUGUCAUAGGAAAUAAGCAUGUUUGGUGUGGCUACAAGAACAGAAUACAUGUGGUGGACCCAAAAUCUCUGAAAAUUCAUAAAUCCUUUGAUGCCCACCCAAGAAAGGAGAGCCAGGUUCGCCAGCUGGCCUGGGUUGGAGAUGGAGUCUGGGUGUCCAUACGCCUGGACAGCACACUAAGGCUCUACCACGCCUAUACUCAUGAACACCUGCAAGAUGUAGACAUAGAACCUUAUGUCAGUAAAAUGCUGGGUACUGGGAAGCUUGGUUUCUCCUUUGUACGUAUAACCUCCCUGUUGGUGUCAUGUAAGAGACUAUGGAUAGGUACAGGCAAUGGAGUGGUCAUAUCUGUGCCACUCUCAGAAGGGAGCAAACAGAUGACCUCGGGGGGUGGCAGUGGAAGACCAGGGGGUGUGAUCAGAGUGUACUCAGACACCAAGACGGACAGUGUAACCCCAGGAAGCUUUAUACCUUUCUGUUCUAUGGCGCAAGCUCAACUCUCUUUUCACGGUCACAGGGAUGCCGUCAAGUUCUUUGUUGCUGUACCAGGGGCCGGGAGACAGGGAGUGACAUCUGGUGGCAGCAGCCAAACCAAGUCCAAAGCCAUGCUUAUACUUUCUGGUGGAGAAGGGUACAUUGAUUUUAGAAUAGGUGAUGGGGAUGACGAGUCAGCAUUGUUACCCGGUCCAGCCGCAGAGGAAAAGAAACAGAAUACUCUUAGUAAAGGAGACAAAAGUCAUGUGAUUGUCUGGGAGGUGGCCAAUCAAGAAUAAUGUUAUAUGUGUGAACUGGUAUAUGUAACUCACUUGAAAAUGUUGCUGAAACUCAUUUGUAAGGCAGACAGACACAGACAGAUGAACCCACCCCCAAAAAUUGCCAAGCUUAUUUGUUUAAUAGUCCUCCCAGCAAGUUUACUACUCAAGUAGAAAUGGACAGGUACUUCAUUAAUUUAAACAGAAAUACUGAAUGGGAAAACUGAUAUGUUUAAAGCUUAUAUUAAGUUUAAACAUAGGCCCAGCAUACUUCAGCACAAAAAAGGGCAAGGUUAGAGACCUUGUUUAAUUGAUUCAUGCAGUAUACUAGAUAUAUAAUUUAUUGUUUAUUUGAAUAGUUUUAACUGGUGCUGAUACAGUGAAGGAAAGAGUCAGUGUGUCUCUUUAUUUUUUUCUCAUAAUUAGCUUUCAGUAGAAGCUAUUUACCUCAAAGCUUUUAUUACAUUUAUUUUAAAAAUGUGAAAAAAACGUGAAGUCAUGAAAGAAAAGUAAAAUUUAUUUGGCAGUUUCCAUUACCCUUGAAACAUACCAGCUGUCAGAUUUGCAUAAUAGGUUUUCAAGUUAACUUGUUUAAAAAUGAGAAUUCAAUUAAUGGUUCAACUUGGUUCUUAAUUUAAACAAAAGAUGUGAAGACUGAAAAAAAAAUUGUGUAUGAUAUAUAUGUAUAUAUUUUAAGACUAUUGGAGGGACAAUUCAAGAAUGUAAUUUAACACAUUUCAUUGAACUGAAAUCAUUGUUGAAGUUUGGCCAAAUGCUAUUUUACUAUGACUAGAUGUGUUUGAUGUCACAUGGACUUGCAGAAAGUUAAACUUGUAUUAAAUGUUCAUAUUACCUGUAUGUGCCCAGGAAAUAGAUAAUUGUAAUAAAUGUACAAAUGACCUGUAACUGCUACAAUAUCAAGUUAUAAUAAGUGUUAGUACAGUAUUUUAGUAAUUAGUGUUUUAGCCAAUAUAGUAUGUUAUAUGUGAAACCAGAUAAUUGUGAUAGUCGUUACGAAAAAUUUAUAACCAUUUAAUGUUUUUACAGUUGCUUAUUUAAAAGUUUAAUGCAGUUUUGUCAUUGAUUUUUGUUUCCAGAAACUUAGUCCAUCAAGUAGCAGCUGUUCAGUUUUGGGCUGUGCAUUCCUUCCUGUAAUUAAUAUCUAUUGGUAUUCAACAAAGGAAAACAGUUUGACAUUAAAAUCUGGUGAUACUUCCAUAUUAGAUAAGGUUAAGUAAGAAAUGAAAUUUUAUUGAAAUGAUUUUAUGGGAAAUAAUUUUGUAAAUGACAUUUUUUUUUACUAAUUUUCUUACUUCCAGAGACAGAACAGUAUAUUAAUCUAUUUCUUGCAAGGAAAUUAUAUUUUUAAGGAUUCAAAUAAUGUGACAGCACUGUUUAUUGCAAUAUAAUUGUUUCACAUUAUGUAGCUGAUGAUAUUAUAAUGUAGUGGAUGUUAAUGGUAUCAUGAAGCAUUUUUAAUUUGCCCAAAAGCUUGCAUUUUCAAGUAAAUAAUUAUGUCAUUGAAGGUCAUCUUCCUCACAACCUCAACCAAAUUGUAACGUAGUAUAGUUUGCUUAGAAGAUAUGCAAAAUGAUGGUUUUAAAUUAAACUGCAGGGCUAAAACCACAAACAAAAUAUUUGUAUUAGCUAUUAAAUUAUUUGUCAUUAUUGUAACCAAAGCCCUGCGUCAAUAUAGAUAUUUACCAUUUUAGUUUCAUGUGUCCUAUACAUGUAUUCUACCAUGGGAAUUGGCAAUGUGCUUACAUCUCUCACUGAUUAGACUUAAAAGUAUUCUCUUCUUAAUCAACUGGAUGCUUUGGUCAUGUUGGAAUAAAAGUGAGUAUUUGAA